CCUCUCUUGGCGUAAAACUAGAGGGCUUUCCCAUGGCGCCGCCCCUGGCGGAUGUACCCCGGGAGGCCGGGAGCGGGCUGACCGGAGAAAGCAGCCCCGGAGCCGUGAGCUUCGCGGACGUGGCCGUGUACUUCUCCCGGGAGGAAUGGAGGUGUCUGCAGCCCGCGCAGAGGGCCCUGUACCGGGACGUGAUGCGGGAAACUUACGGCUACCUGGGCGCGCUCGGAUUUUCAGGCCCCAAACCCGCUUUUAUUUCUUGGGUGGAAGGAGAAGUGGAGGCGUGGAGCCCAGAGGCCCAGGAUCCGGAGGGUGAGACCCCAGCAGCUGUCAUCAGAGACAGGGGAAAGAUAACAGGAUCCAGGGAUGAGCGUGAAGAGAAAGAACUGAUGAAGAGUCCAAAGCAAAAAGAGAUGGAGCGUGAGGAAGUGUCUCUCGAGGAGUGGUCACCAUCCAGCAGGCCACCGGGUGCCGGUCACAGAGCCACCUGCUCAGAGCUCUGCUGGAACUCUGGGCAGAGCCCAGUCAAGCCUUGGUUCAAGGACACUACAACCCGCAGAUCACCCUUCUCCUGCUCAGACUGUGGCCGCAACUUCAGCUACCCCUCCCUCCUGACCACCCACAGGCGGGUCCACUCCAGGGAGCGGCCCUUCCCCUGUGACCAGUGCCAGGCCUGUUUCUCCCAGCGCAAGUACCUGCUCCAGCAUCAGCUCAUCCACACAGGGGAAAAGCCCUACUCGUGCCCUGAUUGUGGGCGACGUUUCCGCCAGAGGGGCUCCCUGGCCAUCCACAGACGGGCUCACACCAGGGAGAAGCCCUAUCCAUGCCCAAACUGCAAAAGUCGCUUCACUUACCCCUACCUGCUAGCCAUCCACCAGCGCAAACACACAGGCGAGAAGCCCUACAGCUGUCACAGCUGCGGCCUCUGUUUCGCCUACAGCUCCCUGCUGGCCAUCCACAGGCGCACCCAUACAGGCGAGAAGCCCUACCCCUGUCCAGACUGUGGCCGCCGGUUCACCUACUCCUCUCUCCUCCUCAGUCACCAGCGCAUUCACUCUGACAACCGGCCCUUCCCCUGCCCACAGUGUGGGAAGGGCUUUAAGCGCAAGUAUGCCUUGGAAGCCCACCAGUGGAUCCAUCGGUCUGGCAAGAGGCCGAGGUGGCAGCGGCCUGCGGUAGGGCUUUCGGAGCCAGUCCUUGUUUUGGGAGGCCAGGAUCCCCCAGUUCAUUUCCGGUGCUUUCCAGAUAUAUUUCAAGAAUGUGGGUGAUAGAGCUCGCAAGAGAUGACCUGUUUUCUUUGGAAAGGAAAAGGCAAAGUUUAUGUAUUUGGAGCAAAGGAAUGAAUGGAAAGGAAGUAAGCAUUUAAGGAAAACAAAGCUCUGAGUUAAGGGAGCACAAAGCUGGUCCUUUGGAAGGAGGAGGGAAUCUGAAAGGCCACCUGAAGGCUGAACCCAUUUUCUGAGGCUCUUGCUCCCACUUUUUCCAGUCGGCGACGGGAGAAGAAUUAGGCACAAACAAGUCAGCUGCAAGAGAUUGGGAGCAGAGGACAACAGUCGAAGCCAUGAGCAACUCCACAGUCUCACUUUUAUUAGAUAGAAACAAUAGCCAACAGAAGGACCGAUGAAAGUCAAACAUUAGUCACGUCUUGUGGACAAGCAAGGAGGAGGACAAAGUUUAUAGUUAACCAAGCACAUUCAAAGGACACAUCUAAAAAACAAUGGCGCUUCUGGGAAGAGAAAGGAGCGAUAACGGAAAAGGGAAGCAGGCAAUAUUUCGUUCCACCCUGAGCUGACUGGGCAUUCCUGGCUGCCCGGCUUCUGUGAAGGGGCGGCCUUCCGCCCUGGGUGGGCCAUGCAUCCCCAGCUGCCCAGCUUCACGGUCGUGUAUCGUCUUUCUCCCCA